CUGCUUACCUGAAGCUGUGCUGCAUAGAUCAUGUCAUAUUACGACAUUGACUCCAUCCUCACCGAUGCAGAGAAAGUUCCCUGCAAGUUCGAGCUUGACCUCCCCGACCUGGGCUACCUCGACAACAACCCAUCCCACGCUCUCAAAGCCGGGACGCAGCUCGCCCUCCCUCUAUGGCUCGCCGAGAUGCUGGCCCUGGCCAACACCGGCACAUCCGAAGAUUCGCGCGCCCCGGUAACGCUCAACCUACCCGAGGCGCUUUCGGAACGAGUCAUCGGCGCCCUGAAGGCCGACCCCCGCUCCGUCCCGUUGCGCGACCGGAGCGCUCACUUUUACGGGCUCGGCACCCACAUGCUCGACCUCUUCGAGGAACGCGAGCUGAGCGCCAUCCUCCGUCGGACGUUCGUCACGCGCGCUGCCGAUAUUGCGCUCCAUGCGAGGAAGGCUGGCGACGACGGUGUUGGUGGGUCUAGCGAGGACUUCCUGAGAGGCUUGGACGAGUGGGAGCGAAGUCUUUUCCGGAAGGCACACGAGGGGACCAAGUCGACGAAGGAAUGGAUGGACAAGGUCAAGAAACGAUGA